AUGUAUCGGAAAAUAAUCGUGCAUGAAAAUGAUCGAGAUUGUCAGCGAAUAUUGUGGAGAUUCUCGACAAGUGAACCGAUUCAGGAAUUCAGACUCAAUACCGUCACGUAUGGCGAAACCAGCUCGGCGUACCUAGCGUUGAGAUGCAUACGCGUACUCGCGAAAGAGUCAGAACACGAAUUUCCGUUAGUAUCACGAAUGUUAUCGGAGCAAACUUACGUCGACGAUAUUUUAGCAGGCGCGGAUAGUCCCGACGAAGCCGCGUUAUUACAGGAACAGAUUACCACAACACUCAAGACAGGCGGAUUCGAGACGCACAAAUGGUGUUCCAACAACAAAGAGGUUCUAGCCAAGAUACCACACAAGUCGAGGGAAGAGAAGCACCGUCACAUGGACACAAGCGAAACGAUCAAGACAUUGGGGCUCAUAUGGAACCCAGACAACGACCAAUUCCAAUUUCAUGUACAUGGACAUGAAGAAGUAGCCACGAAGCGAGAGAUUUUGUCGGCGAUAAGCAAAAUCUUCGAUCCGAUCGGAUUGAUCGGACCAGUAUUAACAGCGGCCAAGAUUAUCAUGCAGGAGACUUGGCGAACAGGAUGUCAAUGGGAUGAAUCACUGCCAGAAGCACUCGAGAAAAAAUGGAAGCAAUUUCGUCAGGAUCUGGCCGCCGCAAAGACGUUAUACAUUCCAAGACGUGCAAUCGCUUUCGAACAUAUAAGAAGAAUAGGCCUACAAGGAUUUUGCGAUGCGUCUGAGCACGCUUAUGGAGCAUGCCUGUACCUUCAGGUCGAGGAUAGGGACGGCGUACAUGCAGCUAGGUUGCUGUGCUCAAAGUCAAGGAUAGCGCCACUCAGACGCAUCUCCAUUCCUAGAUUGGAACUAUGCGGAGCAGUUCUGCUAGCCCGAUUGAUGUUCAACGUUCAACGAGCCUUGCAAAUACAAUUCGACGAUGUGCAAGCAUGGUCCGAUUCUCAGGUCGCACUAUGUUGGAUUCGUGGGGAUCCCUCAAGAUGA